GUAUGUGAUCAUUGGCAAGCCUACAUACAAGUAUGGCUUCCGAUUACGAUGUGUAUCGUGUGACUUUCAUGACUUUGAUUCACAAGAAAGAUAAGAUUAGCGAUGAAAUAAGAGGGAUGAGCAUAAGUGUACUUACUGAUAAGUUUGGCAUGAUUAACCGCUCAGUUGCUCACGAUACAUAUUCGACGAACCAUGUGCGAGUCGUUUUCGUCUGCUGUAACACUUGCGGAGUUAUUUACGUUCACAAUGACCUUAACAUUUUGAUUAAAGAAAUUAAUGUGAUUGAUGAGCGUCGUGCCUGCAUCGGAAAAGCUCACUUCCUUCUUGUAACUUUAAUAAGUUGUGUUAGGUUGCAAUUAGCAAUUCAUCACGUGUGCCUAACCCUAAAACAGUGUAAAGAAAAUGCAGGUAUGAAAUUAAGGAUACCUGUCGUUUCUGAUUUACGUCGUUCAGAAUCUUGGAAGAAAUGUGAAUCACAUGUGAAGAAAGUGAUUUUUUGUCUAUGCGUACACGAUUUAAUUGUGAAGCUGUACUUGUUAUUUAUGCUGAAAGAACUUGUUUUUAUGUUGUACACGGUUUCAAAGUUGAUGUCGUCUGCUGUGCCGCCUCAUUCGAUCGAAAGAUAACUGGUCUUUAAAAGUGCACCAGGUGUAUGGACACUGUGCGUAUCUGCAUCGCCAAACAGUACUGUAUUUUGUUUUCUGUGUAUUUAUUGUGAUUCAUUAUUGUAACGCAAUGACGUUUGCUACUGACCUAAGUAAAAUGUCUCCAAUGAUCUAUACAUUGUAUGGUUUUGCUAUAUUUUUCUUCGUGUUUUGGUGUGGAAAGUGGGGUGUGCAUCUCAUAGCAAUUUUUUAUGCGAAGUGGAGAUUACACCAGAAACCAAAUCAGUUGCCAAGUGAAACACCAUAUCCCGGAGUUUCAAUUUUAAAACCAUUAAUGGGUGUGGACUUGCAUUUAUUCAGUAACUUGGAAACAUUUUUCACCAUGAAUUACCCCCUUUAUGAACUUUUAUUUUGUGUUGAGGAUGAAAGUGAUCCUGCAGUGAUGCUUGUUAAUAAACUCAUGGAAAAAUAUCCAAAUGUGCAAGCAAGACUAUUUACUGGUGGUUUUAACGUUGGUGUGAAUCCGAAAAUAAACAACAUGCAGCCAGGUUUCAAGGAGGCUCAGUAUGAUCUCAUACUCAUAUCGGACAGUGGUAUUCGUAUGAAAGAAGAUACUCUGAUGGACAUGGUGUCGUACAUGAAAGAUGAUGUGGCAAUAGUGCAUCAGAUGCCCUUUACGUGUGAUAGGGAGGGAUUUGCUGCCACUUUAGAGAAGAUUUAUUUUGGCACAGCACAGGCAAGAAUUUAUCUUGCAGCAGCUUUCUUGGGUGUGAACUGCCAUACUGGUAUGUCAACACUUAUCAAAAAACCACUGAUUGAUGAAGUUGGUGGUCUGCAAGCAUUUAGUUGCUACCUUGCUGAAGACUUCUUCCUUGCAAAAUCUUUGCGGGAGCGUGGCUGGAGGAUGUGUAUCAGUAGUCAACCAGCAUGGCAGAAUUCUGGGCAAUGUAACAUCUCUACAUUUCAGGCUCGGUUAACACGUUGGGCUAAGCUGAGGACUGCAAUGGUUCCACAAACAAUUUUCUUGGAACCUAUGUCAGAAUGCAUGUUGCUGGGAGGCUGUGCAGCUUGGGCAGUCUCCUUCCUGUUUGACUGGGACCCAAUUGUUUUUUAUCUAGUGCACAUACUUGUGUGGUUUCUUCUUGACUGGCUGUUACUGACAAUUGUGCAGAAUAGUUCUCUACCUUUCAAUAAGUUUGACUUUGUUGUGGGGUGGCUGUUUCGUGAGCUAUCUUCCCCAUAUAUAUUUCUACAAGCUUUGUGGGAUCCAGCCAUAAGAUGGCGAGGGCGAACUUUCAAAUUACGAUGGGGAGGAAUAGCAGAAGAGCUCAAGCCUAAAGUGAAAGUUUGAAACUAUACUCGGUGGCAUUUUGUGUGUUCCUCGUGUUUUUAAUAGACCAACAAAUUAUGCUCAACAGAAAGUAAUAUAUAUUUCAUGUCUUCAGUGUAAACUGUUAACAUGAAUGAACUGUUCUGCUACAUGCAUUUGUCAAUUUCUUUUGAAGCUGAAAUUUUUACAAGUCACUUUUGUUUAAAACUGUAUUUAUGUAUAAAAAAGUGGCUGCAGCUGUAGCAUACAAAAUGUGUCAGUGGUGCGUUAUGUAAAAUAUGUAUACUGGUGUUACAUAUGUCGUACAAAGAUUAUAUGAAGUCAUUAAGACCAUGCUUAGCCCAUGGAAAGAAAACGGCAUUUGACCACGUACUGUUUAAAUUGAAAUUGUGUUGAGAUUUCCCACAAGAAUUGGAAUUUUGACCCGUUUAAAUGUAUUUGUGUGUCCUGCACAGUUGAUUUCACAAAGAAAGAAUUUUAAUCUAAAAUGAACAGCAAAAUUUAAACAACAGAAGUUGUUCCAUUACCUCUAGGUGCUAUUUUUACGUCUUUUAAGUUUCAGUUAAAUGAAGUCAUAAUAUUCUGUACUUAAUAGUGAAGAAAGCUUAUUGAAGGUGAUGGACUUUUUGUGUUCAUUGUUUAAUAUUUGUAGGUUAAUGUCGUCUUAAAUAGCUUUAAAACCCUCUAGUAUUCUCUUCAUAUAAUCUUUGUUUGUAUGAUACUGAUUGUAUCAUAUUUUGUGUGUGUCUCUGUGUCAGAUUUCAGCACUGAACUGAAUACAUUUGGAAAGGAAAAAGUUCAAACUAGUUGUUGCGAUGAUGGUGCUGUAAGAGUCACGUUUACAAAUUGUUUUGUUGUUCAUAGAAACCUUUAGUCAGUAUUCCUGUACAACAUGUUUCAUUUUCUCCAUUGCUAUUCUCUUAUUGGCUUAUUUUUUGUGUUGUAGUUGAAGCUUAAAACUUUCCAUCAUACAUAUGAAACUUGCAACAGAUUGUAUAGGUUCUAAUGGAAGCUGCUAUUGAACAUAGUACUGUCCAUGAAUUUUUAGUUUUGAAAGUAAUUCACUCAUCUUGCCUUAUCACAGUCAUUGUUGUAUACUUCUUUAAUGAUUUUAUUAUUUUUGUUUUACACAAUUUACUAGGUAUUAACUUUGAUCAGGUAACAUACAUGACGAAGACUUUAUUGAAUUCAUUCUCUUAAUAGUGCAUCAUGUCCUGGUACACAUCUACUGGAAAGAAUGCUACGCUAGUAGUUUCUUGUUGAGUAGAGCAUCUCACUUCAUGUUCAGUGAAAUGUGUCAGACUUAAAGGUAUUUUAUAACAUAUUUCAUGGACAUUCUUUAAACAUACUGAUACAUAGUUGAAAAUGUGUACCUCAUUAUGCUGUAAAUGUUGAAGAAAUUCUUUCAUGUUGAUGGAAGUUGGUGAAGAAUCUCAAACAGUUACCACGGUGGUACUUCAUUUCGCAUGACAACUGCAAUUAUUGUGAAUUUUCAUUUUGAGACCAAAGUAUCUCAUUAGCCUAUAUGUGGCUUUAGCUCUUUCAACAUUCUCAUUUUUCAUUCAAAAUGUAUCUUCAUUUUUUGUUGUCCUUUCUUUCAUUCUGGUUUUUGUCAAGUUUUUUCCAUUUAGUUUCAGAAAAAUUUUCAGAUAUCAGUUACUUAAUUAUGAAUCAGUGCUGCAUUUGUGUUAUCAAAAUGUUGGUAGCACUGAUUCAUUGUGCACUUUUACUUAUCUGUUUAUGCAUUUUAAUAAUGAAGAGAUAUUUCUGAAGUAUUGGAACCUUGAAUAAUUUGACAUGAAAUGGGUUGUGUAGUAAUGUGCAAUAUAUUUAACAUUUAACCAUAGUUAAUUUUAUUAGCUGUGAGUUGUAUGUAUUGCAUAUAGAACUGGUAAAGAAUGACAUAAUUUAUCUUUGUUGCAUGUGUCUAGUAUAUAUUCAAAUGUACUUAAGUAUUCAAUUUAGAAUUUAGCUCCUGUUUACAGUGAACUUUCAAAAAAGAAAUUACACUGGCAGUUUCCAUGUUUUGUGUACAAACAUGUUUAAGAUUUGUGCCUGGUUUGAGGAAAUAUGCUUCCAUAGAAAAGAAUGGGUUCUGAGAAACCUCCGUUAGUCCAGUUUCAUCACAGCAGAGUUCAUGCCAUUAGACUUUUCAGUACAAUACAUUUACAGCUUAAUGUAUUCAGAUAACAGCAUCAUGGAGGAACGAUUAUGUAAGAAAAUUUUAGUGGCAAUUAGUGGUUUAAGUAUUUACAGUCCGUAAUGAAUUUUAUAGAGUCCACAGUUUAUAAUAAUUUUUAAUUGUAAUUAUUCUUGUUAUUACUGUUGCUGUUAUUGUUAUUGAUCUAAUGCUGUAACAGUCAGAAAUAACGAUGAUGUAAAGACUUUCUCAUAGACAGACUUAUGUCCGCAAUCCGUUAGUUGAAUAAACCUGUGUCAUGUGAUCCUGUGAAUGGGCUUAGAGGCCUUGGAAAUGUGCUAAAUGUUCUCUCUCUCUCUCUCUCUCUCUCUCUCUCUCUCUCUCUCUCUCUCUCUCUCUCUCUCUCUGUAUCUCACUUCACUUUUUUGGGUUUUUUUUUACACACAC